AUGAGUAUUCUCAGCAGAAAUCGGGUGGUGGAAAUUGCUCUCAGUUCCAGCAGAAAUUUUCAGUUCCAGCACCAUCAUCAGCUAGUGCUCCAUCCUCCAGGUUUCGACAUGAUCAGAAAGGUAGGGCAUCAUGCUUUAAGUCGCAGGGGAGUAUUUCAGGGAGGUAACAAUAGUAGGGCUCAGUCUACAGCUCUUGUAGCACCAGCAGAUCACCCAACUCAACAGGGUGUUUCGUCUGGUACAGGUGGCGAUGUUUAUGCUUUGUUAGAUCUAGGGGCUGCUCUUUCAUUUGUAACUCCCUAUAUAGCAGUAAACUUCUAUGGAAUGGGUAGACCAGUAUGGAAAUUGUCUCUGUAUACUGUAUUCGUAGGAGUCAGACCUUCAGUGUGUUUACCUAUAGCCAUUGAUGUGGGAACAAAUAAUGAGCAACUAUUGAAAGACGAGUUCUACAUUGGACUCAGACAAAAAAAAGCGACGAAAAAGGAAUACUUUAACUUUCUUGAUGAAUUCAUGAAGGUUGUGAAGCAAAACUACAGCGAAAAAGUUCUUGUGCAAUAUGAAGAUUUUGCGAAUCACAACGCUUUUGAGCUGUUGGUGAACUAUGGUACCACACAUUUGGUAUUCAAUGAUGAUAUGCAAUUUCUGAUCCCAUUAAUGUUGCAAGGGACAACUGUUGUGGUACUUGCGGGGCUUGUUGCAUCUCUUAAGUUGCUUGGAGGUUCCUUAGUUGAGCAUACAUUCUUGUUCUUUGGUGCUGGAGAAGCUGGAACUGGUAUAUUAGAACUCAUAGCACUUGCAAUUUCAGAGAAGACAAAUGCCCCUGUGGAGGAAGCGCGUAAAUAA